GUUAUUUUCCCUGGACCAUAGAAUUUAAAUCAAAUCUUUCAUUUCAUAUAUAACAUUGGUCAAGUCAGUUUUUAUUGUUACAGUGAUAUUUCAUACGUCUUUUCAAUUGUAAAUACCAGCAUAACCAGCAUAUUUAACUAUUUGUGAUAGAUAAUUUUCUAGUAAUUUAUAUUUCCUGUUGAGCAGAUAGAAAAUGCUACCUGAGCUGAACCUGCCAGCUAUCGGAGCAACCCUGGCUCCCUUCGUCGGUGCUCUACCUGGCUCUCUCAUUACUAGGACCGAAGUCAAGGGUUGGUACAGGCACAUCAAGAAACCUGAAUGGAGACCACCAAACUGGGCUUUUGGUCCAGUCUGGUCCUCUCUCUACGCCUCCAUGGGGUACGCAAGCUACCUGGUGUACCGGGACGGUGGAGGGUUUAGCGGCGCAGCUGUCCCUCUGGCGCUUUAUGGUUCUCAGUUAGCGCUGAACUGGGCCUGGACCCCGGUAUUCUUUGGACAGCAUAAUGUCAAGGGAGGCUUCUACUUGAUCUGCGCCUUAUGGGUGAAUGUUGCUGCUUGCGGACUCAGUUUCUACGGAGUCAAUAAAACCGCAGGUUAUUUGAUGGCCCCCUACCUGGCCUGGUUGAGCCUAGCGACUAUGCUGAACUACUCCAUCUGGAAGAUGAACGGGGACAGGCCCAGCCCAAAGGAGGAGUAAUUCCUCGUAAACUAAUGAGAGCUCAAAACAUAUUAUUAAACCCACGAAAAUGAUUUGAUAUUACAUACUUUUUUAUGGUUGAUUUAUCUCUAAAUUAUAUUUAAGAUUCAAUGUGCCUAAAAUGAGUAAAAGACACAGAAUUUUAUUUUUGACAUCUCAUUUUAUAGAAGUUUAUUUUAUACAAAUCGCAAGCGUAUUUUUAUCGAAACGUCCCAUGCAGGUUUCUUUGAAUGCAUUUUUUUUAAGUUCAUUUUUAUUCAGUCUUCGAUAUAUAAACCACAGCUGUGAUUAAAUUGAAAAGUGAUAAUAAUUAUUUUAUUCAAUUUCUGAUUUGAAAAACCUAUAAAUUUUAAAUUUUCAGAA